UUUUUAUAUUCUUUAAACAACCAAACCCCAUUUCCCAUCUCUCUCUUUCUCUCUCUUCCUCCUCCUCCUACUUCGUCUUCUUCUCUCUCUAGCUCAUUAUUCAUAUAAAUAAAAACAAACCCAACAUAUACUCGUGACCUUAAAACAUAAACAACACCACAAGAAAUAACACCCUUGCCAUGGGCGUGGACAUGUCGAAUAAUACUCCACCCAAUUCACGAACCAAAGACUAUUUUGCUUCUCCUGCUCUCUCUCUCAGCCUUGCUGGGAUUUUUCGUGAUGCGGGAGCAGCGGCAGCGGCGGCGGCGAACAUAGAGGUAGAAGAAGGAGAUGAGGGGAGCGGUGGCGGAAGGAAAGACGACACGGUGGAGAUAAGUAGCGAGACUUCAGGCCCGGCCAGGUCAAGAUCAGAUGAUGAGUUUGAGGCGGAGGGUGAUGAAGACGAUGGAGAUGGAGACAAGAGCAAGAAAAAGAAGAGAAAGAAGUAUCACAGGCACACUGCUGAGCAAAUUAGAGAAAUGGAAGCGCUAUUCAAGGAGUCUCCUCAUCCUGACGAGAAACAAAGACAACAAUUAAGCAAGCAAUUGGGUCUCGCUCCAAGACAAGUUAAGUUUUGGUUCCAAAAUCGUCGAACCCAAAUCAAGGCCAUACAAGAACGGCAUGAAAACUCAUUGUUGAAAUCUGAAAUAGACAAACUACGAGAUGAGAACAAGUCACUUCGAGAGCAAAUCAACAAAUCUUGUUGUCCUAAUUGUGGAUCGGCCACUGUUGCCAGAGACCCAACCAACUCAACCGAUGAACAACAACUUCGUAUUGAAAAUGCCAAACUUAAAGCCGAGGUGGAAAAGCUGAGAGCGACUAUAAGAAAGUACCCGAUGGGGACGUCGUCGCCGUCGUGCUCGGCGGGAAAUGAGCAAGAGACAAGGAGUUCAUUGGAGUUUUAUACUGGUAUAUUCGGACUGGAAAAGUCUAGGAUGAUGGAGAUAGUGAACCAAUCCAUGGAGGAGCUCAUUAAAAUGGCCACAGCCGGAGAGCCGCUUUGGAUUAGGAGUGUGGAAACAGGUCGCGAAAUACUUAAUUACGACGAGUACUUGAAGGAGUUCUCCGUCGAAAACUCCGCCAUGAAUAAUGGUCCCAAGAGAUCUGUCGAGGCCUCUAGAGAGGUCGGCGUUGUCUUCGUCGAUCUUCCUCGACUGGUUCAGAGUUUCAUGGACGUGAAUCAAUGGAAGGAGAUGUUUCCGUGCAUGAUAUCCAAGGCGGCCACAGUGGAUGUUAUCUCCAAUGGCGAAGCAGACAACAAGAAUGGUGCCGUGCAAUUGAUGUUUGCGGAGCUGCAAAUGCUGACACCCAUGGUGCCCACAAGAGAAGUCUAUUUUGUCCGGUAUUGCAAGCAAUUAAGCGCGGAACAGUGGGCAGUCGUUGACGUUUCCAUUGAUAAUGUCGAAGAAAACAUCGAUGCCUCCUUGAUCAAAUGUAGAAAACGUCCCUCCGGUUGCAUUAUUGAAGACAAAUCCAACGGCCAUUGCAAGGUGACUUGGGUAGAGCACUUGGAAUGCCAGAAAAGCACAGUUCAUACAAUGUACCGUACCAUUGUAAACAGUGGCCUAGCAUUUGGAGCCAGGCAUUGGAUAGCUACUCUGCAACUUCAAUGUGAAAGGCUGGUCUUCUUCAUGGCAACUAAUGUUCCCAUGAAGGAUUCAACUGGCGUAGCCACUCUCGCCGGGAGGAAGAGCAUACUGAAGUUGGCACAGAGGAUGACAUGGAGUUUCUGCCGCGCAAUUGCAGCCUCGAGCUACAAUACUUGGACCAAAGUGUCGAGCAAAACAGGGGACGACAUAAGAAUUACCUCUAGGAAGAACUUGAACGACCCUGGAGAACCUCUUGGACUGAUACUUUGUGCCGUUUCCUCAGUAUGGUUGCCCGUUUCUGCUAAUGUGCUAUUCGAUUUCUUGAGAGACGAAAAUCACCGGAAUGAGUGGGACAUAAUCUCAAGUGGAGGUUCAGUUGAAUCCAUGGCCAAUUUAUCCAAAGGACAAGAUCGUGGCAAUGCAGUUUCAAUCCAAACGGUUAACUCAAAAGAAAACAGCAUGUGGGUACUCCAGGAUUGCUGCACCAACCCUUUUGAAUCCAUGGUGGUCUAUGCUCCGGUGAAUAUCUCAGGAAUGCAAUCCGUGAUGACUGGAUGCGACUCCAGCAACCUUGCUGUGCUGCCGUCCGGAUUCUCAAUUCUUCCUGAUGGGAUAGAGUCAAGGCCUCUAGUGAUCACCUCUAGGCCAGAGGAAAAAAGUUCAGAAGGGGGAUCUUUACUUACAGUAGCAUUCCAAAUACUAACAAAUUCAUCCCCAACAGCCAAACUAACUAUGGAAUCAGUGGAUUCUGUUAAUACUCUUAUAUCAUGUACUUUGAAAAAUAUUAAGACAAGCUUGCAAUGUGAGGAGGGUUGAUCUACAAUAUAGUAGUACUAGAUAGGUAGACCCAGCUAAUUGAUUGUAAAGCAUGUAGGCUAAGCUGUUAGUGGUUUAAGCGAAUUAGCUAUGUUCAAGUGGGUUUGUUUUCAUUCAUUAUUUGGUUCGAAGGAAGGAGCAUCUGUGGUUAGCAUUGUAGAGAAAUAAUUAUUCAAAAUCUACAUGGAUCUACAGAACGGAUAUGAUAUAUCCUUCCUUGUGUGUAAUAUAAAUUAUAUGAUAAUUUUGAUUGUA